GCAGAUAUUUCCAUAUCAGAGAUUCACACGAGUGGAUCACGUACGACGAGUACGCUAACAGCAUCGACCACGAGUGGAUCACGCACGGCGAGUACGCCGUCCAUAUCAAUCACGAGUGGAUCACUUACGGCGAGUACGCCGACAGCAUCUACCACGAGUGGAUCACUUACAGCGAGUACGCCGACAUCAUCACGGCUCAAGCGAACACGCAUGAAUAUCUACGGAGUAUUAUUGUUUCACACUUUUUCUACGCCAUCAUGGCGCAUCAGCAGCAGCAGUUCAGCGGAGGAGAUCUCACGCAAUACCAGACCCUACGCGGAUUGAUGAUGAGAUCGGGCAAGCAGGACCAGGCAGGUCAACAUCAUGACUGGGCCUGGUACGGCGAAUCAGGUGAAGUGGAUGACAACACGGAAGGAGAUGACUGGUAUGACGCCUACGAGGAAAAUAAGUAUGAGUGGGGUUAUGACGCAGACAGCGGAUGGACCGCCACCCAAGAUGGAGAAUGGCAUUACCAGGAGUGCGAGGACAUCUGGGCGAAGUAUGACACGGACGGCAACCUGACGGAAUACCUUGAACCCGAUCAAGAUGACGACUACACCGGGACCUACUUCGGAGGUAAAGGCAAGGGGCGUGGCAAGUCCCGGAAAG